AGGUUUAUAUUGUUAAGCAAUUAUGUUGCCAGCACUUCCUAAUUUGGUAUUCCUGCGUUGUUCUGUGCAGCAGCAGAAUGACUGUGGUUUAAAGUCGGCUUACAAGUCACCUAUUCAUCAUUCCCGAUCGCCCAAAUUCGCACGAAGUAGGCUGCAGAACUCAAAAACAAAUUUGUUGUACAACCUUAUAAGGAUACAAAAACAAGCUAUUCAUUCACUGCCGAUAAAUCUUGUGGUUGCCUGCUUAGCAUAAAAAGAUCCGUCACUAUCAGCUGCAUAGCAUUUGUGUGACCGGCAUACGAGGUAACAGUGAGUACGGGAAGACUCAGAAUUUUGUAUUCCGUUAACACAACGAAGAGAUGGAAAUAAGUAACAUAACGACAGUCGUUAAAACAGUAUUUCUUUCAGCAAUGAGUUUUCUUAAAGUUGUAGUUUUUGUUCUUCUGGUCGCUGGGUCUAAAAGCCAAGGUACUCAACAUGUGGUGUUGUCUUGCGGGAGUGGUAGUACAGAACAAAAAGGAGAGCCUGGGCCUCCUGGUAAACGAGGACCCGUGGGUGGAAAUGGUUUACUUGGGCCUGUGGGCCCGAAAGGCGAGCAGGGGCAUUGUGACCCGACCUGCAGGUCAGAGUACAAUGUUUUAAGUGAGAAGGUGCAACGGUUGGAAAGAUUAAUGGAAGUUUAUUCAUUGCCGACAAGUUGCAAGCAAGCUUUGCUAAUGGGACGAAACGAAAGCGGGAUUUACGAGAUAUAUAACCGAGGGAACAGACAAUCUUUGGAAGUUUACUGCGAUCAAACCACAGACGGUGGCGGCUGGCUGGUUUUCCAACGAAGAACAGACGGAUCUGAAAACUUCUACCGAACUUGGGCAGAAUAUCGACAGAAAUUUGGGAAUCUGAGCAACGAAUUUUGGCUGGGUAUGGAAAAUCUUCAUUCUUUAACGUCGUCUGGACUUUACGAACUGAGGGUUGACUUAAAAGAUUGUGCAGACGUUUGGAAAUACGCCAAGUUUAGCUCGUUUUCGAUCGCUCCAGAAGAACUACUUUAUAGAUUGACAGUGUCCGGGUAUUCCGGGACCGCUGGAGAUUCCUUGAGCUAUCAUAACAAUCGCCCGUUUACCACGAAGGACCAAGACAAUGAUUCCUCCGGAACAAAUUGUGCGGUGUUAGAACAUGGUGCUUGGUGGUACGGGGAUUGCUUUUACUCCAAUUUAAACGGGGCAUAUUUGAAUUGCCAAACCAGCACCGAUCAAGCUGCGAGUUGGGACGGUUUCCAUGGAACAAAAUAUUCUCUGGAGUACAUAGAGAUGAAAUUCAGACCCGUGUAGAACAUAAAUUAAAACUCUUCUGUUUUUGUACAAACUUCCUAUACGCAUUCUUUUACAGUGAAAUAUAGCAGGGUGCUGUGAAAGGAUGCUUUUAUAUAUUUUUUUAAUCUCUUCUCUAGUCUCGUUGUGUAUAGUAACAAAAAAUAACUACAAAAUUGUAUAUAACUGUAUAUCCGCGACUCUAAAAGAACGUUGUUAAUUGUUUUAAACACGACCAGGAAAUAUGUAAUUUAGGUGCCAACGCUUUCUCAUCUUACCCCAAAGUAAUAUAUCUUUGUUUGAUUUUACUGCUAAUGUCUUUGGCUAAACGCUUUCUGACAGAUACGACUUUAUUAACUUAACUUUUCAGUAUAUGCUUAAAUGAUGUGUAAUUAACACAUUUUAGCAGAUUAUUAAAAACAAAGUGUUUGGCUUAAAGCUUUGAACAUUAAUACAAAUACAUCCAGUUAUUCCUUUUGGUGCACCUAACCAUAUUGCAUAAAAUGAAUGUCUUUAUACUAACCCAUGUAAGUCAUAACCGUUGUAUAUUCACAAUCUAUCUGCCACGGUAAUUAUUACAUCUCGUGGCCAAGUAUUUGCUACCAAGCUAAUAAAUAAGCGCCGUACUCAA